UGUGCCCUUGUCAACUAUCUGACCUGACGUGGCCAAUCCCAAUCAUUGACGCCUGCUUAUCUUUUUGUCUCGAGACUUGAAAAAUCACUCUCCCCCUCUCGCUACCAGCUCGUUUCUAAGGCUCUCCCGCUCACUUCCAAGCCUUCCUCUCUAUCAAUACUCUUAUCAAUAAAUCGCAGAUGAAGCCUCACAUAUUACUCGCAACCAAUCUCUGGAUUCUACCGUCUCUAAAUCUUCAUUCUCGUAUCAGAAGGUCUCCACCAACUCUCGCAUUCCCCAACCGGAACACUGCCAUUCACUUCAAUCUUCUUCGCCGCCCUGCAAUUCUAAGCCCUAAUUUCAAGGUUGUGGAAGCGGUGAGAUUUGAUGGCCCGAUAAUCACUAUUGAGGGUUUGGAGGACUGUGAGUUGGUGAUAGAGACCUGCAUUACGCGUACUUUGUCUCCGGUUGUGACGCUGGAGCGCGGUCUUCAGAGCAUUCGAGAGGCUGUGGAAGAAUUGAAGUUGAAUCAUCCUCCUUCUAGCAGUGGAAUUUUGAGAUUCCAGGUUGCUGUGCCUCCUGGUCCAAAAGCUUUGAAUUGGUUCUGCUGUCAACUAGAAUCAUCUAGAGUGUUUCCUCAAUUUUUUGUUUCUAAGGAGGCUGAAAAUCCAUCAUGUAAAUCUCUCUAUCUGAACAGAACACGUGGAGUUUUUGGAAUUGGAGCUGCAAUUUACUUUAUUCAGUCCUCUCAUACAGUGGGGGAGCAUAAAUCAAUAAGGAGGUAUGUCUCAAGUGAUUCUGUGAACAUGGCAACUUAUGGUUUCGUGGAUGCUAAGUUUGAUACUUUCUCAUCUUCAAUUAAGCAUGAGGCUGGUUCGUUUUAUCUUGUAAUUCCUGAGAUUGAAUUAGAUGAACAUGAGGACUUCUCCAUUUUAUCAGCGACCCUAGCAUGGGAUGCUGCCUUGUUUUGCACAUUUAAACAAGCAAUUCAAUCUUUUGAGUCAUCUAUUUAUGAGGUGGGUUAUCAUUUUUGCCCAACUGGAGAAAAAUGCGGUUUUAAUAACAUAAGGUCCGCUCUCAAUAGGGUCAAUCCGGUGGAGGAUAAAACUUUCAGAAUGGUUUCUUCUAAUGCUGUGUUGUUGGACAGAAGAGAUUAUCAGAAUAACCUCCUGGAACUGAGAGGGACCGCAUUUUUCUGUCAAUUUUAUUUCAGGAUUUCACCAAUUAUUGGCAUUUCCCAUAACAUGUUGGAUCAUGCCAGUGAAGCAUGUUGCUCCUUGCUAGAUUGUGCAAACAUCAAUGAAGUUUGGGCAUCACUAAUAGUGGAAGAAUGUUCACGUCUUGGGUUAACGUACUUCUGCAUUGCUCCAGGAUCAAGAUCAUCCCCUCUUGCCAUUGCUGCUUCCACUCAUCCCUUAACAACAUGUAUUGCUUGCUUUGAUGAGCGCUCGUUGGCAUUUCAUGCUGUUGGUUAUGCAAGAGGUUCUCAUAGACCAGCAGUUGUUAUAACAUCUUCAGGAACUGCAGUGUCAAAUCUCCUUCCUGCUGUUGUGGAAGCCAGUCAAGAUUUUGUGCCACUUCUCUUACUAACUGCCGAUCGUCCUCCUGAGCUUCAAAAUGCUGGGGCAAAUCAAUCUAUCAAUCAGGUGAACCAUUUUGGUUCUUUUGUAAGGUUCUUCUUCAGUCUUCCAGCACCUACUGAUAAUAUUCCUGCACGGAUGGUGCUUACGACACUUGACUCUGCUGUGCAUUGGUCAACGUCUUCACCAUAUGGCCCUGUUCAUAUUAACUGUCCUUUUAGAGAGCCAUUGGAUAAUUCUCCAAGCAAGUGGAUGUUAAGUUGUUUGAAGGGCUUAGAUAAAUGGAUGUCUAGUGCGGAGCCCUUCACUAAAUAUAUUCAAAUGCAAAAUUCCCUUGCAUGCUAUGAAAAUACUGUUAUCUCAAUGAAACAAGUUAUUGAAAUAAUUCAGCAGGCUAAAAGAGGGCUUCUCCUUGUUGGUGCAAUUCAUACUGAAGAUGAGAUAUGGGCAGCUCUUCUCUUGGCUAAACACCUUAAUUGGCCGGUUGUAGCUGACAUCUUGUCAGGUUUACGAUUAAGAAGGCUUUCAUCUUAUUUUCCCAAAGAUGAAGAGAAUGUUUUAUUUAUUGAUCAUCUAGACCAUGCUCUGCUCUCAGAUUUUGUCAAGGGUUGGGUGCGGUUUGAAGUAGUUAUUCAGAUUGGAAGUCGAAUAACAAGCAAACGCAUUUCUCAGAUGCUGGAAGAUUGUUGCCCAUGUUCAUAUAUCUUAGUUGACAAUCAUCCAUGCCGUCAUGAUCCAUCACAUUUUGUAUCUCACAGGGUGCAGUGCUCCAUUCUUCAGUUCGUCGACAGUUUAAACAAAGUUCAAUUUCCAUGUAGGAGCAGUAUAUGGUGUGAUUAUCUGGGAGCUUUAGACAAGAUGGUUGCACGGGACAUAUCUUUUCAAAUUCAUGUAGAGAACUCUUUGACUGAGCCACAUGUUGCACAUGUAAUUUCAGGAGCACUUUCAGCUGGCUCUGCUCUUUUUAUUGGCAACAGCAUGGUGAUACGUGACGCAGACAUGUAUGGAUAUAGUUAUGACCACCAUAUUCAUCGCAUUGCAGAUAUAUUGAACUCAGAACAUCAUGGUCUUGGGAUUCAGGUGGUUGGAAACAGGGGAGCUAGUGGCAUUGAUGGCUUACUUAGCACAGCAAUUGGUUUUGCAGUUGGAUGCAACAAGAGAAUACUUUGUGUGAUUGGAGAUGUUUCCUUCCUUCAUGAUUCGAAUGGCUUGUCGAUUCUCAAUCCAAGGAUGUCAAGAAAGCCAAUGACAAUAAUUGUGAUAAACAAUCAUGGUGGAGCAAUCUUCAGCCUCCUUCCUAUUGCAGAUGGUACUGAUCAAAGGACACUGAAUCAGUACUUCUACACUUCCCAUAACAUUUCAAUUCAAAAGUUAUGUAUGGCGCACAGUGUGCAACAUUCACAUGUGAAGACAAAAAUGGAACUUCAAGAUGCUUUAGUAGCAUCUCAGCAUCAGAAAACAGAUUGUGUAAUUGAAGUGGAGAGCAGCAUUAGUGACAAUGCAAUCUUCCACAGUACUUUAAGAAAAUCUGGAUGCCAAGCAGCAGAUCGGGCUCUAAGCAUUCUUUCAAGGCUUUCUGUUCCAUAUUCAGUUUCAGAUAGGUUCUUUCUUUGCAAGAUCCUCAAAAUGGAAUACUCGCUCUACAGAAUUGAACUUUCUGCUCCUCCUACUUCAUCUUCAGUAGACCAUGAUUGUAAUAAGUUCCAUAAGGAAGGCUACAUUUUAUCACUGUCUCUUGAAGAUGGAAGUGUCGGAUAUGGUGAGGUUGCACCUCUUGAAAUCCACAAAGAAAAUUUGCUGGAUGUAGAAGAGCAACUCCAAUUUCUCCUUCAUGUGAUUAAAGGAACCAAGAUUAGUUUAUCCCUUCCUCUGAUGAGUGGCUCAUUUUCUUCUUGGAUAUGGAACAACCUAGGAAUCCCAGAAAAUUCAAUCUUUCCUAGUGUCAGAUGUGGUUUAGAAAUGGCCAUCCUCAAUGCUAUUGCAGAAAGGCAAGGCUGCAGUUUACUAAACAUAAUCCAACCCUGGAGAGAAACAGAAAAGAUUUGUGAAAAGUCAAAUGUUAAGAUAUGUGGCCUAAUUGAUUCUACUGGGACUCCAGCUGAGGUUGCUGUUAUUGCUUCUGCUCUUGUUGAAGAGGGAUUUUCUGCAUUAAAGCUGAAAGUUGCACGUCGGAUAGAUCCCAUUCAAGAUGCUGCAGCUAUACAAGAAGUAAGAAAAAAGGUUGGCAGGCAGAUCGAACUUCGUGUGGAUGCCAAUAGAAACUGGUCCUACGAAGAAGCUAUCAGAUUUGGCUCUCUGGUGAAAGAUUGUGACCUCCAGUACAUUGAGGAACCUGUUCAGGAUGAAAAUGAUAUUAUAAAGUACUGUGAAGAAAGUGGCUUACCUGUGGCACUUGAUGAAACUAUUGACAAAAUUUGUGAAAACCCACUUGAUAUGCUCAUGAAGUAUGCUCACCCUGGAAUAGUUGCUGUGGUAAUCAAACCAAGUGUUGUCGGUGGGUUUGAAAGAGCAGCAUUAAUUGCACAGUGGGCCCAUCGGCAGGGAAAGAUGGCUGUUGUCAGUGCUGCAUUUGAAAGUGGUCUAAGUUUGUUAACAUAUAUUCAGUUCUCAUAUUACCUAGAGCUGCAGAAUGCAGAUAUUUGCGGAGUUAUGAACUAUAAAUUGAGGCCAUCUAUAGCCCAUGGUCUCGGAACUUAUCAAUGGCUUAAACAAGACGUAACAACUAAACCUCUGGAGAUCCGUCGUCAUCCACAUAGCGGCUUCAUGGGGGCAUCUGUUGCUGAUAACAUUCAACUCUUGCAGAUGUUUCAAAUCAAUCACAAUGUUAUUUACAGAACUUCUACAGGGGAUCAAGUUCACAGAUACAAUUUAGCUGUGAGUUCAAUGGAUUUCACUUGCUCCAUCAAAGUGCAUGAGGUUGGAGAAAAAAACAAUGAUAAUGUUGUUAUAUUUCUUCAUGGUUUUCUUGGAACUGGUGAAGACUGGAUCUCUAUCAUGAAGGCCAUCUCAGGAUCCGCAAGAUGCAUUUCAAUUGAUCUUCCUGGCCAUGGGGGAUCAAAGAUUCAAAAUUGUGGUUGUGAAGAAGCCAAAGAGGAAGCAACUUUGUCAGUUGAAAUGGUUGCACAUAUAUUAUAUAAGUUGAUUCCAGACAUAACUCCUAAAAAGGUUGCCAUUGUUGGAUAUUCAAUGGGGGCAAGGAUAGCUUUGCGGAUGGCACUGAGACAUUCUGAUAAGGUCAGUGGAGCUGUUAUAAUAUCUGGUAGCCCCGGAUUGAAAGAUGGACAGGAAAGAAAAAUUCGUCAGGCUAGAGAUUUUUCUAGGUCUCGCACACUCAUGGAUUAUGGGCUGCAACUCUUUCUUGAUUCCUGGUACGCUGGGGAGCUUUGGAACAGCUUGAGAAGCCAUUCCCGUUUCAAGGAAAUAGUUGCCAGCCGCAUGUUGCAUGAUGAUGUUUACAGCCUUGCAAAGGUUCUGUCUGACCUCAGUGUUGGUAGGCAAAUGCCACUGUGGGAAGAAUUGAAGCAAUGCAAUAUACCCCUUUUACUCAUGGUUGGGGAGAAAGACAAGAAGUUCCAGGCAAUUGCCGAAAAGAUGUACUCUGAAAUUUGUCAAUUUGAAAAGGGCAAAGAAGAUGACAUGGGAAUUAAUGUUCCUGAGAUAGUUAAGAUUCCCAACUGUGGGCAUGCUGUGCAUUUGGAGAAUCCUCUUCCUGUUAUCGGUGAAUUGAGACGAUUCCUGACCAAGCUGAGAAAGUUUUCCACUCUGGAGCACACUGAAAACAUGCACUAAUCCACUACUGGUAAAAGAUGAUGGCUGUAAUGCAAUUCAUGUCCCUUCAUGUUUUAAGCCCUUCUGAGGUCUUAUCGUAUUGAAUGAAUCAUCUACUAAUUCACUACUGGCAAAAAUUGAAUGAAUUAUGUAUGGAUUGUAAUAUUUUACUAAUUAACUUCUUAACUCCAA